GCCAUGGUCUCGUGGCUCAUCUCCCGGCUGGUGGUGCUUAUAUUUGGCACUCUCUACCCUGCGUAUUACUCUUACAAAGCUGUAAAAUCGAAGGAUAUUAAAGAGUAUGUAAAAUGGAUGAUGUAUUGGAUCAUAUUUGCCAUCUUCACCACAGUAGAGACAUUCACGGACAUUUUCCUUUGCUGGUUUCCAUUUUAUUAUGAACUCAAAAUAGCUUUUGUAGCUUGGUUGUUGUCUCCAUACACAAAGGGCUCCAGCCUGCUAUACAGGAAGUUUGUGCACCCAACACUGUCCUCAAAAGAGAAGGAAAUUGAUGACUGCUUAAUCCAAGCAAAAGAUCGAAGUUACGAUGCCCUGGUGCAUUUUGGGAAACGGGGAUUGAAUGUGGCAGCAACAGCUGCUGUGAUGGCAGCUUCCAAGGGUCAAGGAGCUCUGUCCGAGAGGCUCCGAAGCUUCAGCAUGCAGGACCUCACUGCCAUCAGAGGAGAGGGCCCUGGGAUCCCACCUCCUCCUGCCCAGGCAGCUUCUGUACGGAAAAGCAGCAAGCAGAGCCAGCCCAAAACAUCCAGAGCGGCAUCUGGAAGUUCAGUGUGUGCAUGUUGUUUGAAGUGCCAAGUCACCCCAGUGGUUGAGGUAGAGGGUGAGGCAGAGAGUGGAGUUGUAGCUGAGGAGAACAGUGAAUCAACAAAAGUCACGUUCUCAUGUGAUGAAAACUCUUUCGAUUGCACAUCCAAGCCUGAAGGACCUAAAAAGGAUGAAGUCAUUGAGGCACCACCCCGAAGCCUUAGGCCUCGCUUCCGGAAGAAAAGUACCUCACCGCAGAGUGCUGAAACCAUGUGAUGAGCAAGUCGCACCAACAGAACGUCUCUCUCCUGCCUUAAAGAUCCAUUUCAUUCACCGUGUGGAAAGGCCAGUGGUGAGGUGUGUGGGUGUUGGAUGACAUGGCUUCUCUCGCUUCCCGCUGUCUGUCACGUGCCGUCUGCAAAUGCUGCAGGACGUGGCCAGAGGGACAGAGCAGGCCGCAGCAAUCCUGGAGCAGCAGCUCGGCUUCUUGUGGAGCUCCCUGCGGUUUUCAUUGUCACAUUUGUUUUCUUUCAGACACACUGGCUAGACUGUAUAUUUGUAAUUAUUUAAUUCCCUCUGCUUAGUCGUAGCUCUGUGAAUGAAAAUAGGAAAACCUG